AUGUACAUUGAGGACGUCAAGAUAGUUCCAUUGUCCCUGGAUGCAAGCUCACUCUUUGGAUUCUACACUGACGAAAUGAACGUUUGCGCACUUAGUGAUGAGCCAGUUACGUCACGCCCUUGGAACAAAAAGGGGUGUUUUGAUAACGAGAUUGAACUGACAUUGACAAUAGGUUUAGAUAGUAGUGUGACUAAGUCGCAGAGAAGGAAGCAACGAGGGAAAGUUGAGUUGUUGCUAGAAGACGAUUUUAUUAGCGACGAAGAUGCGAAGGAUGAUCAUCGCGAAGGCUGUGAUGCUGUAUCGGCCGAGAUGACGAAUAUGAAAGCCGACAGAAUUAGCUCUGCCGAACUUGUCAAUCAUGAAAAUCGAACUACUACACCAGAAGAAAAUAAAAGUAGGACUUUUCGACAGCAAUCUUCUACUACGAUUAAGUUGAAUGCGGAGACCAUUGUUCAUCAUCUCGUUCGCGAAUAUUUGCUUACGCAUUGUCACGAAGACAUUGCUAGAAUACUCGAUCAAGAACGAUCUAUGCCGAUCCUUACUGUAGCAGAACACAGGCACCUCUACCGGCAUUUUACCAGCACUAACCAACCUAGCGAAAGUCCGUCAAAUUUUGCUUCGCUAUUGGAAUGCCUACUUGUGUGCUCAAACGAAACCCAAUUAAAGACAAAAUCAAAACGCAGUACAGCUACAUCAGCAAUCCGACAAAAGCCUGUGCUUAGUGUGAUUAUAGCCGACCUGAAAACCGAUGCUGAUAACAUUGGCGUUACGCCAGAACACAAACAAAGAUUUAAUCUUCUCAGCCACCCAGGCUCAACUCCUCUUCAUUAUAGUAGUGUCAUUGGAGGUGGUGCAGCCCAAGCCGCUGCAGCUGAACGCCCAUCUUUGUCCAGAGAAAUACAAUUGGCUCGCUUCAAAGAUUUGGAGCCCUUGAAACUUGCGAAUGUCGACAAUGUGGCUUUGACGGGUGUCGUUGAAGAAGCGGACGGGAAUGAGGGUCAGUACUCCCACUAUGCCCGUCGAAAACGACAUUCAAGCGCUAGGAAUAAGCGCGUUCAAUUAGGAGAGUCUGGAAGUACCCCAACCAAAGAGUACUAUUUUUUUCGAGAAACUCCACCGUUGUUUGUGACGGAAACCAUGGAAGCUGCAGUUGAAAUACUUGAAAGGUUGAACAGCAAUGCUGAAUUUGCUUCACAAGUCACGACUGUCGAUAGAUUUCUUGAGCUACAAAGUAGCGAAGUGUCCAAAUAUAGUGUAGGCCAAGUGAUUGAAAAGUUGGGACCGCAAUCUGACAUCAAUGGUGUAGUUUCAAAAAUAUAUGGAUCGAGAUUAUGCGGAACAGCAGGAAGUGGGAGUAUUAUCAUUGACACUUGCCCCGAGAAUCUGUAG